AUGUCCGGUGCCGGUACCGGAAGGUGUGUAGAGGAGGAGUAUGACUCUUGUGCUGGGGAGACUACAUGCCUUUGCUCAUGGUUCUGUGCUCUGCCCGAGAGAGAUAUAAAGAUGGGUCCAGGCUCCUCUCCGCAGGUCAUCUCGCCAUUCGUGAAGUGCAUCGUCCGCAUAGAACUUCAAGGCUGCAACAUGUCCUCAUCCAGUUUCUUGACAGUCGAUGGCUAUAUAGCCUACACGUUCCGACCUCAGCAUGCGCAUUACUACCUUUCCUAUCUAUUGGGCGUGAACGCGACCACGCUACAACCUAUUGCUUGGGCCAACAGACUCCUCAUAGCCCAUCCUGCAGUCACACACGCUAGUCCCCACUGCAAUUCCUCCGACGGUCGCCCACUUUGGCUCGUGGACUAUCGAGCAGAUGUCUCACGAGGGGCGGUUGUCCCACAGAACCUAUUCAUGCCUUCUGGCGAAGACAAUCGCCAGCGUCAUGCCAUCAAUGCGCAGCUACAACUCCCCAUCUUCUUCGUCCACGUUGAUGGUCGAGUCGGCAUCUCGCUCGCGGAAGCUGUUGCCGGUCAUUCGACAACCCUGUCUGGUGCACACCAGUUCUCAGCCAUGGGCGGCAAAUCCACGACGCAUUUCUAUGUAAAUUGGCCUGGAUACCAUGAAUAUAAAAAGCAAGUCGAGAUCCAGGAUGCGCAUCACCGGCCGAUCACGCUCAGCCGCCUUGCUCGCCGGAUUGGUAGUUUCAUUGACUCAUUCAUCCAAGCAAAUAGUACGGUAUAUAAUCCAUCCCAGUGGAGACUAGGCAGCGGGGCCAUCACACGCGACCAUAUCAUAAUCGUCGGACUCAUGCAGGUCUCGGCUGGAACUUGGCAGCCCAUCAUUCAGCUGCACGGUGUCUUUCCCAUGUAG